UGUCCUUUUUGUCUCUCACCCUCUCCCCUUAUCUCCAUAUGCCCUCUUUUCCUUGCUCCAUUUCCCAGCAACCAAACACGUCUUAAAAAAUUGCAGAAGCUCAUCGAUACAUCUUCUUAUUAACUUCCUACCCAAAACGACAUCAAUCUCUGCGUUUGUAGUUCACUUUGGUUCGCUUCCACUUCCCUCAACUUGAACGUGCCAAACUAUCUCCCUUAGCAUGGAACCGGCGAAAGAGAAACCAACCAGCGUCUGCCACGUGGUGGCCGUCCCAUAUCCCGGGAGAGGCCACGUCAACCCCAUGAUGAACCUCUGCAAGCAGCUGGCUUCAAGGAAGCCCGACAACAUCCUCAUCACAUUCGUCGUCACCGACGAGUGGCUCGGCUUCAUCGGCUCGGAUCCCAAGCCGAAUAACAUCCGUUUUCGGACGCUUCCUAACAUCAUACCUUCAGAGCUGGUUCGAGCCAAGGAUUUCCCCGGCUUCAUUGAAGCUGUCACCACCAAGCUGGAAGCUCCUUUUGAGCAACUUCUUGACCAGCUGGAGCCGCCGGUUUCGGUCAUUAUAGCCGACCCUUACUUGAGUUGGGAUGUCGGUGUCGCCAACCGGAGGAAUAUUCCGAUAGCUUCGCUUUGGACGAUGUCGGCGACGGUGUUUUCCAUCUUCCUCCAUUUUGACCUCCUCCUGCAAAACCGGCACUUCCCGGCCUCAUUGUCUGGUUUUGGAAAUGAAGUAGUCGAUUACAUUCCCGGAAUUCCUCCAACAAAAACAAGAGAUCUUCCAACAUUUUUCUUCGGAACUGGUCAACAAGUUUUAGACACCGCCUUAAAUUGUGUUUCCCAUGCUGCGAAAGCUCAAUAUCUUUUAUUCACUUCAGUUCACGAGCUCGAACCCCAUGCGAUCGAAGCACUAAAAUCAAAAUUUUCAUUUCCCGUAUACCCAAUUGGGCCCUCAAUCCCUUACUUAGCCCUUCAAGACAAACCACAGUCGGAAGACGCACGUAAUCUCAACACUAACUAUUUCCAAUGGUUGGAUUCUCAACCUAGAAGCUCAGUUUUAUAUAUUUCAUUAGGUAGUUUUCUUUCUGUUUCAAAGUCCCAGAUGGAAGAAAUUAUUUAUGGUGUGCAAAAUAGUAAUGUUAGAUACUUGUGGGUUAUUCGUGACGAUAUCUCACAAUUUGAUGGUGUUGAGACCCUCGAUGAUAAAGGUAGAGGGCUGAUAACACCUUGGUGUGAUCAGUUGAGAGUCUUAUGUCAUCCUUCUAUAGGAGGGUUUUGGACGCAUUGCGGGUGGAAUUCAACUCUCGAAGCUAUUUAUGCCGGGGUUCCUAUGCUUACAUUUCCCAUAUUUUGGGAUCAAGUUCCCAAUAGCAAGCAAAUUGUAGAAGAUUGGAAGAUUGGAUGGAGGGCUAAAAGAAAUACACUAGAGAAGGAUUGGAUUUUGAUUGAGAGAGAAGAAAUUGCAAAUAUUGUGCAACGAUUUAUGGAUUUCGAUAAUGAGGAAGUGAUGCAAAUGCGGAGAAAAGUUGAAGAACUCAAGAUAAUGUGUCGAGGAGCUCUUACUAAAGGAGGAUCUUCUUACGCUAAUCUUGAUUCAUUCAUCUCAGAUAUUUCAAAAAUAAAUCAAAUGUAGAUUUUUUUUUUUUUUUUUUUAUUUCUUUGAUGUACUUAUAGGAGGGUUUUGGACACAUUGCGGGUGGAAUUCAACUCUUGAAGCUAUUUAUGCCGGAGUUCCUCUGCUUACAUUUCCCAUAUUUUGGGAUCAAGUUCCCAAUAGCAAGCAAAUUGUAGAAGAUUGGAUGGAGGGUUAAAAGAAAUACACUAGAGAAGGAUUGGAUUUUGAUUGA